UCCAUUAAAAGCAAUGUCAAGCUAUUAAAAUCAAGAAUUAAAAGUGAAUUUAACAACAAAAUUUCCAAAUUUUGAUAUUUAAAAAACAUCUGAUAAAUUUCAAACUUGUCUAAAUUGAAUGGUUACACGAAAUGGAAUUUCAUUAUGAUGGUCCGGUUGAGACUUUGGAUAAUUCUGCCGAAAUGUUGUCUAUUUACAGACAAAUAGAUCCCAAUGCUGAAUAUUUGGAAACUCAAUGCAUAUUGGCAGACGGGGGAGAUAGAUUUGGGGUUGCAGCUGUAACAUUUGAUCCACAUGAAGAAUUACUAUGGAUGGGAAAUCAAGGAGGUCACGUAACUUCUUAUUAUGGUUCGGGCAUGCAAAAGUAUACAUCCUUCCAAGUUCAUGCUACACAAGAUAUCAGGCAUUUAACAAUGAUCGAUGAAGGUAUUCUAGCGUUGACCGCAACAUCUUUGCGAUAUCAAAUGAGAAGAGGAAUUCCAAUUUUUACGUAUAGUUCUAGUAAUUUGGUGGAAAUGCAAUGUAUGUUACAACUUUCACCAACAAGAUUAUUGAUGGCAGGCCAUCAAGAUAAAAUGAUUGAUUUUAAUUUAACAAUUGGCAAAGAGACCGAAUUGAUACCUGCUGGUGAAUCUGGUUGCGCCUUACUACGUAUGCAUAAUCGUUUCGUAUGUGCUGGUGAUCCAUUAGGUCGUAUUACACUGCGUGAUCCAAAUUCAUUAUCAAUUGAGCAUUCAUUGGAAACACAUUCCGGAUCAUUAAGUGAUUUUGAUGUACAAGGCAAUCUAUUAAUCACAUGUGGUUUUAGUAGUCGACAAGGUGGUGUCACAUGUGACCGUUUCUUAAUGGUCUACGAUCUACGUAUGUUACGUGUUAUAUCACCCAUACAAGUUGUCGUUGAUCCAUUAUAUUUACGAUUUUUACCAUCGGUCACAUCACGAUUAGCUGUUAUUACAGCUUUAGGGCAGAUACAACUUGUCGAUACAGUAUCGCUAUCAGAACCACGUAUGUGCUUGUAUCAAAUGAAUAAUACGGGUGCUAUGUGUAUGGCAUUUGAUGUGGCAUCAACAAGUCAAGCAAUGGUUUUGGGUGAUUCGGCUGGCAACAUACACUUGUUUACCGCUGCAAAUACAAGCUCACAUGAUGUUGUAUUCAAUACAUAUUCUAGACCCACGGAACAUGCAGAUCCGGUUGAUAUGUCUAUGCCAACAAUUGCCUAUGAUGAUUUCCGCACACCAUUGUCGGUGGUACCUUUGCCUGUCAUAUCGAAUGGGACACCAUUAGCCUCUGAUUGGCCAUCACAGUUUAUGAAACGAGUAUACAGACGUCCACCGGGCAUUGAUCCAGAAAUAUUACGUACAAUGAAAAUGCAAGGACCAAUUGGAUAUGCGCCAAAUCCAAAAUCAACUCGCAGAAAUCAAGUUGUCUAUCCCUUGGAUAAAUAUGGUAGUCGUGCUCAAUCUAAAUUAUUUCCAUCAGAUUUACGAAACAACAAAAAUGGAACAAAUGAAGAAUCAGGUUUUAUUGCCAUACCAAAACGAUACAGGAAAAUUGAUGUUAAAUAUAGUAAGCUGGGCAUUGAAGAUUUUGAACAAUUUAAUAAAACUGGUUUACCUGGCUUGGAAGCAACAUUACCCAAUUCUUAUUGUAAUCCAAUGAUUCAGGUUUUAUAUUACAUUGAACCAGUUCGAGUUGCAUUAUUAACGCAUACGUGUAAUAAAGAAUUUUGUUUAUCCUGCGAAUUGGGAUUUUUAUUUCAUAUGCUUGAUACGUCAGCUGGUACUCCGUGUCAACCAGGAAACUUUCUACGAGCAUUUCGUACAGUUCCUGAAGCAUCUGCAUUGGGUUUAAUACUUAGUGAUAUGCAUCCAGAAGCAAAAUUAAAAACCGAUUUAGUACGAUUAAUUCAGAGUUGGAAUCGUUUUAUACUGCAUCAAAUGCAUUAUGAAUUAUUAGAAACACGAAAACGUAAAAUAGAAGAACAACAAAGACUUGCAGCGCGUGAAACAAAACCAUUUGUUUAUAAAGAAACUGAUUUUCCUAGUAUAUUGGGUGUACAAACUUCACGACGAUUACGUAAUCAUGGUCAUGCUAGUGCAAAAACAAAUGAGGAUGAUGGUAAAUAUAUGUGGAUCACCAGAGGCAAAGAUACAGCAGAUGAUUCAAAAGACUCGGAUAAUUGUUCAGGUAGUAAACGUGAUGAAGAAACAGCAAUCAGCCAAUUAUUUGGCACAAAACAAUUACAUAUAAACCGUUGCUUAAAAUGUGAUCACGAGCUAACCAAAGAAUCAAUAUUACUUGUAUGUAAUUUAAUAUAUCCGAUAGCAUCUGAAAUUAAUGAAAAUAACGCAUCAUUCAUCGAUCUGCUAUCACGUUCAUUGACACCAGAACAAACUACCCCAGCAUGGUGUGAUAAAUGUGCACGAUUCACACCAACAAAUCAAUCGCGUCAUUUACAAAGUCUACCUCAAGUGUUGUCAUUGAAUUGUGGAUUAGAGAAUCCAUCGGAUAAACAAUUUUGGCAACAACAAAUUGACCAAGUUGUUGCAAAAUCAGUGACAACAACAAAUAAUAAAACAACAAAUUCGACUUUAGUUAAUCCGAAACCUUGUCGAUAUGGUAUACAUUGUGCGCGACCUGGUUGUCGAUUUAAACAUUCAAGUGAUACUAAUAAAGCGACACUAACAUCUCCAUCAGUAAAUCAUUUAUAUUAUUCGAAUUCAUGGUUACCCCAUCAAAUAGAAAUCAAAAUAAGUGAACGUAAAGAAUUAGAAAUUCGUAAAAUCAAUCCUGAAUCUGAUUUAGAGGAGAAUAAAGAGAAUAAAAUAAUGGAUGAUGACGAUGAAUCUAAAAGUGAAGGAACUUUAGAAUCGAAUUCACACUUACAAGUUGUUCGAUAUACACUCAGUUCCGUUGUUUGUUAUAUACACGACGAGAAACGUAAUCUGGUAUCGUUGCUACGAAUCCCACGCAGUCACCGCACAGGGCAUGAAGGUGGUGACACCAGCCAAUGGUACUUAUUUAAUGACUUUAGUGUGACUGCAGUACCUGCACAAGAAGCUGUUUGGUUCAGUUUAGAUUGGAAAGUACCAUGUGUUUUAUAUUAUGUGGCGAAUGAUCUCGAUAUGACUAAAACUGAUGUCUCAAAUCCAUUGACACAAGAUGUUUUUGGUCAAGAUAAAUGUUUGGCGAGAAGUGAUAAUAGUAAGAGUAUUACAUUUACACCGUUAUCUGCUGCCGAAAUGCCUCAACCAGGUGAACUAAUAGCUAUGGAUGCAGAGUUUGUAACAUUAAAUCAAGAAGAAGCUGAAUUACGUAGUGAUGGAAAGCUAUCAACUAUUAAACCAUCCCAUAUGUCUGUAGCUCGCAUUACAUGCAUUCGAGGGCAAGGUCCUUUGGAGGGUACACCAUUUAUUGAUGAUUAUAUUUCCACACAAGAGCAAGUUGUUGAUUAUUUAACAAAAUUUUCUGGUAUACAACCAGGCGAUUUAGAUGCAAAUUUCAGUUCGAAACAUUUGACAACAUUAAAAGCAACAUAUCAAAAGUUACGAUUUCUUCUUGAUAAAGGUGUUGUCUUUGUGGGUCAUGGCUUACAAAAUGAUUUCAGGGUAAUAAAUUUAGUAGUUCCACCAGAACAAGUUGUAGAUACCGUUGAAUUAUUUCACUUACCUCAUCAGCGUAUGGUUUCGCUACGAUUUUUAGCUUGGCACUUUUUAGGAACAAAAAUACAAUCAGUUACACAUGAUUCAGCUGAAGAUGCUCGAACCGCUCUACAAUUAUAUCAAAAGUAUAAUGAACUUCAAGCUGAGAAUAAAUUUUCACAAGCUUUAGCACAUUUAUAUGAGGUUGGAAAACAACUUCAAUGGCGUGUACCGGACGACUAAAAACCGUAUUUUAUUUAUUAAAAAAUCUUUUAAAAGUUCUAUUAAA